GGAUUUGAUUUUUGGAUUAGUUUCAAGUAGUCAUUUGUUUUUCUGUCCUUGAUUCAUUGCCACUUAAUACCAGUCUCAAAUCCAAGAAACAUAUUCUUGUGUGUCUUGGAAAUAGUAGAUUGCCGUGGAGGAUGUAAUUAUUUUGUCUCAGUAUGAGAUCUGCCUCUUUAAUUAUGUGAUUAGAAUAUUUGCUUUUGUUUGGUUUAUAGUUUUUAUUUGAAAGCUCUUAACCUUAAAUUUUUAUCUCCUAAUCUGUGGACUUCAGUCUGGUAGAUGGGACAUUGAACUCCAUUAGGUGGAAUUUGCCAACACCUGGAAGACUUUAAUUUUUCUACAGCUGCAGUCUUAAAGGGCCUACCCAAAUCACAGGCCCACAGGGUGAAGAGAGUAACAGAAAUCUUUGUCCCCUGACUUUGGAGAUCUCGUUUAACCUUCAAACUGGCGAUGUCAAGGGUUCCAAGUCCUCCACCUCCGGCAGAAAUGUCGAGUGGCCCCGUAGCUGAAAGCUGGUGCUACACACAGAUCAAGGUAGUGAAAUUCUCCUACAUGUGGACCAUCAAUAACUUUAGCUUUUGCCGGGAGGAAAUGGGUGAAGUCAUUAAAAGUUCAACCUUUUCAUCAGGAGCCAAUGAUAAACUGAAAUGGUGUUUGCGAGUAAACCCAAAAGGGCUAGAUGAAGAAAGCAAAGAUUACCUGUCACUUUACCUGUUACUGGUCAGCUGUCCAAAGAGUGAAGUUCGGGCAAAAUUCAAAUUCUCCAUCCUGAAUGCCAAGGGAGAAGAAACCAAAGCUAUGGAGAGUCAACGGGCAUAUAGGUUUGUGCAAGGCAAAGACUGGGGAUUCAAAAAAUUCAUCCGUAGAGAUUUUCUCUUGGAUGAGGCCAACGGGCUUCUCCCUGAUGACAAGCUUACCCUUUUCUGUGAGGUGAGUGUGGUGCAAGAUUCCGUCAACAUUUCUGGCCAGAACACUAUGAAUAUGGUGAAGGUCCCUGAGUGCCGGCUGGCCGAUGAGCUGGGAGGACUGUGGGAGAACUCCCGGUUCACAGACUGCUGUCUGUGCGUUGCUGGCCAGGAGUUCCAGGCUCACAAAGCUAUCUUGGCAGCUCGUUCUCCAGUUUUUAGUGCCAUGUUUGAACAUGAAAUGGAGGAGAGCAAAAAGAAUCGGGUUGAAAUCAAUGAUGUGGAGCCUGAAGUUUUUAAGGAAAUGAUGUGCUUCAUUUACACGGGGAAGGCUCCGAACCUCGACAAAAUGGCUGAUGAUUUGCUGGCAGCUGCUGACAAGUAUGCCCUGGAGCGUUUGAAGGUCAUGUGUGAGGAUGCCCUCUGCAGUAACCUCUCCGUGGAGAACGCCGCAGAAAUUCUCAUCCUGGCUGACCUCCACAGCGCGGAUCAGUUGAAAACUCAGGCAGUGGAUUUCAUCAACUAUCACGCUUCGGAUGUCCUGGAGACCUCUGGGUGGAAGUCGAUGGUGGUGUCACAUCCCCACUUGGUGGCUGAGGCGUACCGCUCUCUGGCUUCGGCACAGUGCCCUUUCCUGGGACCCCCACGCAAGCGCCUGAAGCAGUCCUAAGAUCCUGCCUGUUGUAAGACUCCGUUCAUUCUCCUGAAGCAGCAGCCGCUGUUGCUGCCCGUGACCACCGGGUAGACAGCGCGAUCUGUGGAGCUUUUCCUCGUUGCGGGGGCGAAAGACUGCAUCGUGGCCCCCAGACUUUUAAAACAGCACUAAGUAACCUUGGGGGAAACGGGGGGAGGGAAGGGCCCGGGGCCUGGGGCUGUCCAACCUAAUGAAAACCCUGUUGCUGCGUCACUGUGUUCCCUUUGGCCCGGCCGAGUUUGACACUGUGGGGAUUCAGUUUAGGCGCCGACCCUGAGGACGUCCCGGCGGUGGCAUGGCACUUCGGAGAAACCUGUCUGCAUCUGACUGAGCAGAACAAAUCGUCAGGUGCCUGGAGCAAAAAGGAAAAAAAAAAAAAAAAAAGACAUUUAGUUUUAAGAGAAGGGAAAAGAAAAGGCAAGAAGAAAGGAUCUUUGCAGAAUUUCUCAAAAAUCAGUUUGUGGAUCCCAGGUAGUAUUUAUGUUGAGAGAAAUCGUAGUCCAUCCAACUGUGCGGAAACUCGGAUGUUUGUGAAAGCUCUUCACCACCGUGCGAGUAUCAGCAGAGCCCUCUUGUUGUUAGCACUUACUGUUUGCGAGAACGGAAUACAUCCUUUUAUCCUUUCAUGAAAAACAAGUGAAGGCGAAAGGGGAAGGAGGUUAUCUGAGCUGGAAGAUGAGUGUCUGAUGUGGUGGCUUUUGCAAAAAACCUUUAUUGGUGUUGAAAACUGGAAAAAACAAUUCAUCCAGAAUUCCUACUGUCUUGACAAGAACCGUGGUUCUCGGUUUUUAGAUAUUGUGGAAAAUGUCUUUUGGCCUUUUUCUCUGAUUUUAUUUCUCCUCCCUCCCCCCCCCCCUUUUCUAAAAAAACAAAACACAAAACAAAAACAGAACAAAAAGAAGAGAGAAGGAGAUUUUAUUAUUAAUGCCGUGUGACAAGAAUCCCAGCCCAGAUUGCUCAGCUGUUUGCACCUGACUUGCCACCUGCAGAGGAGCCAGUCCCGUCCCUUCCACUUCACCCCUUUCCUACAGGGGACAACUUCCAAAUGUUAAUUUUUUUCUUUUUGAAAAUAUAAAUAAUUACUAUUUUGUA